AUGUCUCUGCCGCACAGGGUCCAGGGAAGCCCUGCAGCACCAGGAAAGGAGAUCCUGGUGUCACCCUACAAGGAAGAAGCUGAGACAAAACAUCUGCAGGGGCAAGAACAGAUCCUGUGCAUUUCAGAUGCCCCCAACUGUGCUUUCACACAAUGUGUGAACAAAGAAGCAAACCAAGCUCCUCGACAGGCAGGAGACAAGGACCUCCGGCUUCUUGGUCCCCGUGACACCGGGUCUGGUGGAAGCCUGAACCGGAACUCAAAGCCCAACUGGAACCUGAACCCCGCCCUCGCCCGUGAGCGCCUGCGCCCGGGUCCCGCCCUCCCCACGAGCUUCACCUCUGACCCCGACCUCCCCUGGAACUGCGCUUUCUACCCCGCAGUCCCAGGGAACCGCAAGCCGUCCCUCUCACCCCAUCUCCAGCAACGCCCUCUCCCCCUGUCUCCCCCACCUUCACUGUGGGCUGCGGCCCCCAUUUCCCUGCCGUACCCCUCACCCUCCCGGGAGCUGUGCCCACCUGACCCGGCAUUUGCGCCUUUGUCUUCGUGGCCCGGAAGUGGCUCCGCCGGCGGAAGCAUGAGAAAUGGCCACGUGCUGUACAGCGGCUGGCUGAGGAAGUCGCCCCCCGAGGAGAAGCUGAGGCUCUUUGCCUGGAGGAAACGCUGGUUUAUCCUGCGGAGGGGCCAGACUAGCAGUGACCCAGAUGUUCUGGAAUACUACAAGAAUGAUGGCUCCAAGAAGCCCCUGCGCACCAUCAACCUGAACCUCUGUGAGCAGCUGGAUGUUGGUGUGACUCUGAACUUCAACAAGAAGGAGAUUCAGAAGGGCUAUAUGUUUGACAUCAAGACCAGUGAGCGUACCUUUUACCUGGUGGCUGAGACCAGGGAGGACAUGAACAAGUGGGUCCGGAGCAUCUGUCAGAUCUGCGGCUUCAGGCAGGUUGAGGAAAGCACAGGCUCCCUGGGAAACAUUUCCUCAGCCAGUCACGGCCCCUGCUCUUCUCCAGCUGAGCCCAGCCGCUCCCAUCAGCACCUCCCCCAAGAACAAGAACCCACAUCUGAGCCCCCGGUGUCUCACUGUGUGCUGCCCGCCUGGCCCAUCCCUGCACCUCGGGGGUGUGUCUGCUCGCAGCAGCACGCCAGCCAGAGAGCAGAACAUGCAAGGAGUGCCAGCUUCUCCCAGGGUUCUGGGGCCCCAUUCCUCAUGAGGAGAAGCACAGCCGUGCAAAAUCUUGCCCAGCACAGUGGAUACAGUGUUGAUGGGGUCAGCGGUCACAUCCGUGGCUUCCAUAGCCUUUCCAAGCCGAGCCAGCCCAAUACAGAAUUCAGAGGCAGCACCCACAGAAUCCCCUGGAGCCUGGCCUCCCAUGGCCCCACCAGAGGCAGCCUCACAGGCUCUGAGGCGGAUAAAGAGGCUUCCUCUGGCAAGUACCCCCAGCAUGGUGGAGGGAAUGCCAGCCGGCCAGCUAAGUCCAUGCAUGAGGGAGUCAGUUCUUUCCUGCCAGGAAAAACACUUGUGGGCCUAUCAGACAGCAUUGCUUCUGAGGACAGCUGUGUGCCCAUGAACCCAGGCUCCCCCGCCCUGCCGGCUGUGGAGCAAGCAGGUGAUGAUUCCCAGGGUGUCUGCAUCUCUGUGGGCUCAUGUCUUGUUCGCUUUGACCUGCUUGGCUCCCCACUCACAGAGCUUUCUAUGCACCAAGACCUCAGCCAGGGACAUGAGGUCCAGCUGCCCCCUGUCAACCACAGCCUGAAGCCUAACCGGAAAGCAAACCCAACACCGCCCAACCUGAGAAACAACAGGGUCAUCAAUGAGCUCUCCUUCAAGCCACCUGUCACAGAGCCCUGGUCUGGUACCAGCGACACCUUUGACUCCAGCUCCUCCCAACACCCCAUCUCCAUGCAGAGCAUCACCAACACAGACUCAGAAGACAGUGGAGAGAGGUAUAUUUUCCUGAACCCGGCAUCUGCAUUUCCUGUUUCCGGUGGCACCAGCAGUUCAGCCCCGCCGAGGAGCACUGGUAACAUCCAUUACAUGGCCCUGGACUUCCAGCCGAGCAAGCCAUCCAUAGGCUCUGUGACGUCCGGCAAGAAGGUGGACUAUGUCCAGGUGGAUCUGGAGAAGACCCAGGCCCUGCAGAAGACCAUGAGUGAACAGAUGUGCCUGCGGCAGUCCUCGGAGCCUCGCAGGGGUGCCAAGCUGUGACUCGGGCCACCAAAACCAGAGCGGGGCCAGGACAGUGCCUCAGAGCUGCUCUUCCACACUCUAAAGCUCUGUAAUAUCAGGGACCGCAUCCCUUACCCAGAGAGCAGAGGCCUGAUCAGUAUACAUCCUUUGCCUGCUUGGGGCCCACCUGUGCCUUUGGCUGGCCAUGGUCCCCACCUUCACCCCCUUGCUAGGAGCGGUUGCCAGCAAGCAUCCUCAGUCUCUUCCUGCCCCUCAGACCCGGGCUCCCAACAGAUAUCCACUCUCACACUCGCUCAUGGUCCUCAGCCUCUUGCCUCUAGCCUCUGGGCUGUUCCCCUCAAUCCUGGACCAUGAGGAGCUACCUUGCUGACCCUGGGACCCAAGGCCCGCAGGCCACAGUGGACAUGGACCUUUUCAGCCGUGGCAUUUUUUGGUCAGGGGAGAGGCAAGGCCAUCCAACGUUGGAAUAGUUGAGAAGGAAGGUUAAAGGUGGUCUUGAGAAGCGAAGGAAUUAGAUCCUUAGACCCAGCAGGGCAGCUGAUACCUGCAGGGGCUCCCACUUUCAGACUGAGGCCAGAGUAUGGCAGCUGCUCCCGGGUGGGAGAGGCAGAGAGGGAAGGGCAAAAGGAAGGGAAAACAUGAAGAUGAACAGCCGAAAGCCACAAGAAGCAGGGCUGGAGCUCCAGAGACUGGGGUGACAAGGACCAGGGUCAGGGCCCCAGAAAUCUGGAGCUGCAGGUUGGCUUUGCUGCUCUCUGCCGAUGCUCCUUGGGGGGCCCUUGCCUGCCUAAGAAGGCUUGAUCCCAGCUGGGCAAAGCAGCAACUGAUGGGGGAAAUACCUGCAGGAUGAGGGGUGGGAUGGCGGAGGGAGCGAGGGAGGAAGGGAGCAUGUGCAGAUGGAGAUGGCUCAGGGCUGAGGGGGUCCUGGGACAGGCAGGGGCCCAAGGCGGGGCCCAGGAAUCUGCAGUGCAGGUGGUGCAGCACGUGACCUUCUGUGAAGGGGGAGCAGUGGGGAGAGCACAGAGGGAACCCAUGGGAGGCAAAGUCGGGGAGACAGCCAGGGAGAAGUGGGGAAAUGUGGCUGGGGGCCCUGGGGGCAUGCCAGAAGUGGUGAAAGGAAUACAGGAGCAGAAGGUGAAGGGGGGUCCACUGUGCACGGGAGCAGUGUGGGAGGCCAGCUGGAGGGGUGUCUGGGAUGCGGGUAGAGCCUGCAGGGAGGACAGCCUGGGGUGGGGCUGGGGCUGUGCCAGGCCCAGUGUUUCCCUCUCACUUCGCCCUCUUUCUUGGUGUUCCAGUGCCACAUUGGACUCAAACUUGGCUAUGGGGACAGGAGAAGCCAGUCUCCUCCUCCUGUGACUUGAGAGAUUCUCUGAUCGCAGGUUCAGAAGGUAGGGCCUCACCCAGGGCUUCAUGUGCCAAAGUUCAGGUAGGGAUCUGAAUUUCUUGUUGAAAGUUUUUGACCAAAAUUUCCAAGAGUUUCAGAAUGAACAGGGCAGAGCAGACACUUCAUCCUACCUUGGGGUGAAUAGACUUUCCUCCUCCAAAAAAUGACUGCCCACAGGGUUUGAUGGAGGCGGCCUCCACACCCUGUCAGCACCUGUGAGCACCACACUUCACCAGACCAGGGGCCUGGCUGGCUUCUGGGGAUCCAUCCCUCAGCAGGAGCCGUCUCCCCUGGCAGCUCAAAGGCUCAGGUGGCAAGGCCCCGGGCUUAGGCACUGAGGACACGGGGAAUCUGUCAGACCUUUUCCCAAACUUGACAAGGUCACAUCAGUGAGGGAAAGGACAAGGACACAGGCAGUGGUGAUGGCAAAGAUGGGCUGAAGAUGCUGAUGGGGUGCACAGGAAGUGAAAACUCCUCAGGGAGUGGAGGCAGAGAAGGUCGUUUUUAGGACAAGGGGUGCCUGAAUUAGGCUUGAGAGGUUAGGUCAGAUUUUUGCAGGGAAGGAGGGCAGGGCCAGGGUGCAGUGGAGGAAGAAGGAACGACAGACUGGAAAAGCCUUGUGCUGAGGGGCCACAGGAGCUUUGGAGGGCAGGUCCAGCUGCUCUGAACUGCAGGGGCCAGGCCUUUGUGCUCCCACAGGUGGAAUGGUGAUGGCUGUGUGGCCACACUGGGCAGAGUGUGCAGGGUACUGGCUCACUGGCCCAGCCCUGACUGUGUCCCUGUAAGGUCCCCUACAAGGGGUCCCAUACAGCGCAGCUCUUAACUGCCAUCCCUUGUCCCCAGCUGACUACAGUGGGGCCCAGUAUUGAUCUCAGCUCCCAGCCCAGCCACCUUCCCUGUUGAUCCCAGGCUGCUAAGAAAGUGCUGCGUGUUCUGAGUGUGCGUGGUGUGCGUGAACCUGGUGGAGGCUUCGGAGACUGAGGUGUUCAAGUCCCAUCUCCAGAGGGGUUCCUUCCAGCUCUUGGUUCCUGUGACCACCAAAACCCUGACAGUGAAAGUAGAGGUGGAGAUGGAAAGAAGGACAAGAGAAGAGGACGCUGGCCUGUUGGAAGCAAAGCUCUACUCCCAAGCCUGGACUCCAGCCAUGUCUAGCAUGUGUCCACCCCUCCACCCGCCAUCCCAGAAGGAAAAGUCAACUCAGCUUAAUACAGGGGUCCUUGGACCUAUCUUGAGGUAACCUCCCCUGGUGGCCUGGCCAGGACUGAGACCCCAAAAAGGGACACCUCAGCCAAUGCAGCCCACAUGGGAGCUUGUCCUGCUGGGCUUUCCAGGGGAGCCGUCUUCACCCAUCCCCACCACCUGCAAAGUUAGAGAGCAGUCAGGUGGGAACAAUGAGAAACGGGCAAGGACAUCUCCCUAGGACCUUGCUUUCCCAUCUUUGGAGUGGGUGGUUGGAUUCGACGUUUUCUGGCCCCUUCCUAGGCUGAGGCUCUGCUGGUCUCAGGGAGCUCCUUGCUCUGUUACUUCUCUCUGGAGGCUCUGCAUCACAAGGGAUGAGCAGCACAAGAGCUUUGGCCAAUUAGUCCCUUCCUGGCUUGAUAUGGACAACUUCUUCAUUUCAAACUAUUAAAAUAGACCACAUUCGUAUGGCAGAAGCACAACCAUUCUGGUUAUGGGAACAUAGGCUCAGCUGCAGUCUGCCUUGUGGUCCUUCAACAUGCUGUGAGGCUGUCAUCUCAGUCCCAGGCCCUGGCACAGCAUCACCCACAUGACUGUGACCCCCAGGGAGAUGCAGGGCAGGGAAGUGUGCACUUCCGUUCUGGGCCUGGGCCUUGAUCUGGGAAGUGUGGGGGAGGGGAGGCUGACCUGCAGAGCACUAAGAGCAUCAUUCUGGGAUACACCAGGCCCUUGGGGCCUGGGACGAUGGCCGUCUGCCUGCUGAGAGCCCACUGCAGAGUCAGGCUGGCAUGUUCAGUCCGGCAGCGUGUGUCCUUGUGUAUUUGUUGGCUACUCGUAUCUUGCUGUUUAGAAUCAUUUUGUACAGAAUGUUUGGUUUCUCAUUAAGAGAAAAUGGGCAAGAAGCCCAGUCUUAAGUUCUUGUCUUGGUACCAUUUAAAAUUGAUGUUUCAUUUUUCAAAUCACUGUUGGUGCCUAAUCACUGAAUUUAUUCCAUUUUCUUUUAAAACUUUUGUUAUGUGUAUUUACCCUGUGAGCAGACCUGGGGGUGACAGGAGUGUGCUCGGGUGGCUGUCGUUUCUGCUGUGGCCACUGGCCAGGCCUCGUGCUGGCAGGCUCCUUUGUACUGAGGCACUGGAGCAGGACAGUAGUAAAGUUCAUGAGGAAUACAGCCCAGGGUGGGCUGCUUGGGUCUCUCUGGGAGUGGAGCCCACACUCACUCAAGUCCCACCUUGGGGUGAGCCUGAGUACCUGGCUGCCCUGGGCAGGCACAGACACACACUGUCAACAAGGAAACCAUUUCAGAAUCAUUUCUCCAAUGACCCAGGAAGGCCACUGUGCCAGUCUGUUCACUUCAUCUUCAAUAGGAAAUAGGUACUUUUCCUGGCUCAGAGAGAAAAUAAAUUCCUUUAUCACAGAA